GUUUCUUGAUAGCUGUAUGAACUCAAAUCUGUAUUGAUGUGAUCCAUAAAAGAAGGAGAUAAGAAAAAGAUAUUAUUCAUAGUGAAAAUGACAUAUAGUGAGGUUACUGAAUGGUUUUUGAUAACAUUCUAUCUUGAAGGGGUUUCCAGCUGCCCUUAUGCGUAUUUUGUAUUUAUACAUACACAGUCUCUAUUCCCGGGUUGCCUUGGGCGGCAUCAUGUACUUCCGCGCUUUGUAUAAUAUCGUGACACCACUUUUAGCUUGAGAGGAAAGUAGCUUUCGAUUUAAGUGUGCACUCAGAAUGGAGAAGGCUGCAGAGAUGAGGUUAUCAAAGUUGUAGCUUCCUUUUCCAGGCUAGCCUCAGGCGGACAAGUUGGCUUUGGACAGGCCAGGAUCUCAGGUUCAGAAGUAUCCGUGUGGUGUUGAAGUGGGUUGUUGUUCCACUGCACCGGCCGGUGGUCAACCAGGAGUAUAGAGCUAAAUCGAAGCCUUAUAACGUCAAACACUAUGGUUAUUGUGUUAUUAGUAGGACCCUGACUACCCAUUGUCAUUUGUGAGGGCAAAUGCAGGAGGUUUGUAGAGGAACCGUAUGCUUAGUAAGUCCAUUGAAUUGACGACCUUUGCUUUGUGAUCUGUGCCCCCCUCCCACUUCUCGGAUUAGAACUUCGUUCCAGGCAAGAAAAGGCUAUUGAAUUCUGCAACGACAAACUCAUUUAACAUAGGAUUCUAUGAAGAAGAAGGGUCCGACCAAUCUUCUAGAAGAUAACCGGAGAUCCAUGACUUUGACGCACGCGAGCCAGUCCGUUCAGGAGGACAGGCUCGAAUCACGGAGGGAAUCCCAAACAACACCCACAGACCUUGCUAUGGUAACGCUUCUAUGAUUUUUAUCAGCAACAUAGACUGUAGCAGAUCGGCACCUUGGAAAUACAGGGUGAAAAGGACACCCUUUCCCGAAACGGGAGAGGGAUGGAAAUAUGGAGCCCCAACGGCCGACAGCACCAAGAUCUGCCCGUGCUGCCCCUGGAUAGGAAUAUCCCGGAUUACGUCCUGGCCAGACGCGGCGCCAUCAGCUUCAGUUCUAGUACUGGGGGCUCCACCUUCACCAGCAGUGUACCCGUUUUACAGAGGCGUGGAGGAAUCUCUUUUGACAGGACUGACAAGAAUGCCCUGUACAUACGGAUGCUAGGUGAUGUGCGAACACGCAGCAAGCCUGAUCUUGGCAGAGAAAGACGGAGGAGCUCUUUUCCUGACAUAGAUUACAAAACCUUUGAAGAAUGUGAUGACUCCCCUCGCAGCAACCUCAGGUCUUACACACACCGAUGGAAGCGCAGGAGAAGGUGGCUGAACCUCUCCCUGCAGACAGUUUCUCUUCUAGAUGAGGCUUACUCAGGGCAAGCAAGGCAUCUGCUGACAACUGUAACUGACUGGGAUUUCGACAUCUUCAUGCUGGAUAAACUCACCAAUGGGAGGUCACUCUUCCACCUGUCCAUUCACCUCUUCCAGCAUCACAACCUCAUCCAGACUUUCAACCUUGACAUUGUCAAACUCACCCAGUUCCUCUCCUUGGUGGAGGAGAACUACAACAACAACCCAUACCACAAUGCACUGCAUGCAGCAGAUGUCACACAGGCUAUGCACUGUUUCCUUAGGGAACGAAAACUUGGAGCCAGGCUGAAGCCCUUGGAAGUCCUGUCAGCUGUGGUGGCAGCCAUCACUCAUGACCUUGACCACCCUGGAGUUAACCAGGAGUUUCUGAGAAAAACUGGCAACUACCUGGCAACACUCUACAAUAACCACUCUGUCCUGGAACACCACCACUGGAGAGGUUGUGUGGCACUGCUCCGGACGACUGGGCUGCUAAAUCACUUAUCUCUACAAGAAAGGCAAGACUUUGAGUGCCAAAUCCAAUCGCUGAUCUUAGCAACAGACAUCAGUCGACAAAAUGAGUUCGUGACAACAUUUAAGCAAUACUUGGACAAGGGAGACCUGACACUCCAUGUACCAGCUAGCAGACACUUCACCUUACAGAUUGCGCUGAAAUGUGCUGAUGUGAGCAACCCGUGCCGUACGUGGAAGGUGAGCCGAAGGUGGAGUGAGAGGGUCACGGAUGAGUUCCACAACCAAGGUGACCAAGAAAGAAAACUGAAGGUUGACAUAGCCAACUCAUGUGACAGGUACAGGGACACCAUCUCAAGGAUCCAGACAGGUUUUAUCCAGUUCAUAGUGGAGCCCCUGUUUGUCCAAUGGGAGAGGUUCAGUCCCACCCACCUGGCUCGACACAUGAUAAACCAUCUUCAGGUCAACAAACAAAGAUGGAACGGAGCACUGGCCAGUGAACUGGCAGAGGCAGAAGCUGCAGCUGCUGCAGUAGCCUAUGCAGAGAGCCAGCCUGAAGAUGUUGAGAUGUCAGGACAGGCCAUGGACCCGCCCAGCUACCGCCAGGCCCCUCCACCUGGCAACGCAGACCCCCUGCCAUCCUCUCCUGGAGUGGAGUCUGAGACCAGCUCCAGCCACAGGACAAACAGCCAGAGUGACGAUGACCCAAGCACCUUUGCAGAAGUGUCCGGCAGUGGGGACAUUCAGUUUGAAGAGCCAGGACACUCCAACAACAUUCCAGGUCACUCUGCCAACCAUUCCGGCAAAUGGGACGGCACCAAACUUUGCAACCACAUUCCUUUUGUUCAGUCGCCACUGGACACUUAUCGUGCCGCAAUGACCAUCAUCUCUCUCCACGACUCCCCUUCCACUGAAGAUAUCCUGACGUCAAUACAACUGGACAGAAGCGAUGUAUUUCACUCCAAGUUGAAGUCUCUCAGUGGGCCCGUCCUCUCAGCAAUAGUGAAUUCUAGUGGACCCACCAUGUCUGCACAGCUUGUGGACAUGGGCAAGUCUGUGGAAGUCUUGAAGGAUGGCGGUUGUGCAAGAGUCAAUGGAACAAUAGGCUCAGUAUGCUAUCUGCAGGCUCACAAUGGGAGUAAUGACACUUCAGACUUACACUCAGGGCACAGUGCUUCUUCCAUGGCCAGAAGUGUUUCCUCACAAGAAUGUUCUAAGCCUGACGUCACAGCAAAACUGGAUCCCAAAGCAGAUGACAAGCUAAGCGGCAGCUGCACCAGCCUUCAGCCUCAACUGUCAACCUCCAGAAAUGGUAUCCAUGACCGUAUAUCCACCUGGCUUCAGAAUGCCCCUUUUCCUCCUUCCUGUAACAGUGGGAACGCCCAAGGGUGCGAAGAAGGAAAACUUGGCAGAUGGACUGAUAUUUCUAAUGGACAAGCUGGUGCAGGUUUAGAGGGAAACAUUCCAAAAGCUCACAUUGCAUAUUCAUCUAGUCAUGAGCAGCUGAAUUCCACUCUGCCUAUUGGUGCUACCUCCUGCAGAAAAAACUCUGACGACAGUUGUCUAUCUGACGAUAUUAAAAUGGAGACCGACAACUCUGCAGAAGAUGAACAAUAACCAAUACAUUCAUGAUAUAUAUUGUAAGUACCGCGAGGAGGAAAUCUUUAACCAUACACUACUGACUACAGGUACAUGUCCAUGUGUGUAACAGGAUCUUGUCAUUUGUAGUACCUAGAACCACAGGUAUGUGUAGCAUCGGUGGUCGUGAGAGUAAUCAAGAUUGUAGAACAAGUCCUGUUAAAUGUGAACCAAUUCAGCGUUUACAAUUGGAUGGAAGAGGUGUUUAGUAGGUAAUAAUGGACACCCAAACAUUUAUUUGAAAUGAAUUUAGUUUGCUCUGGUUUACAGUUAAUUUGCAUUCAUAGAUAAUUUUGUUCAAUGAAAGAGACAUAUGCAAAUGCAAAAGUUUCCAGGCAAACCCCCUCAAAAACUUGACACGUGAAAAAGAUUGAUCAAAUUUACUGAUCGGCACUUCUUAUUGCAAUAACUCCACACCAUACCAUUCAAAGUUUUUAACUAUGCGCACAUUUCUUGUCAAUUGUUUAUUCUUUUUAUCUUCUGAAACGUUUGCCUAUUGGCACAUUUAACACAUGUUUAAGCAUUAUUAUUUUUCAAUCAUACACCAUUUGUACUUUAAAGAUUGCCAUUCCAAAGCUAACCCAUCAAUGUCUAUAUCUAAAAUGAACCUACAUAUAAUCAUUUUUUACAUACAAAAGACAGAAAUGUAAUAUUGUAAAUGCAUUUAAGUUCGCAGGAAUUUAAUUUAGCAGUAGCGGGAAAAAGGACUGCAGUGGUUUUAGGUUCGUGGUAGCACCAUGCACUGUAGACUCUUACUGCCAUGAAAAAACGUUUGCGGUGGUUUUAAGUUUGCGGUGAAUUGGCAACGCAAAAACUGUGAACAUAAAACCACCGUGGAAAUUAUCGCACAGUAUCCUUGAUCACUGGUACCUUGGAUAUCAUUACCAUCAUCAUUGUCACUACAUUUUAUAAGGUUCUGGUUUGAAUUGGAAUUAUUGGUGGGAUACAAGGCAAUUCAAAGUGCCUCUUAUAUUAGUUAAAUAUUAUUCAGCGUUAGUUCUUUUUAUAUUUCUUGAAUAACAGUGACCAAACUGUAAGAUGUUUUUGUUAUAUAUAAUGUAGAUUACUGUAUGUUGGAGUACAUCUAAAGUCAGAUAUUAUACCUCAGGGUACUUCAUAUCAUUUUUUGUCCAAUGCCCCACCAUCACUGGUGCACUACCUUCUUUUCCAAGGCUCAGCAUAUCUAACUCAUGCAGUGACACUAACUGUCUAUGGCUCUUAGGUCACAUAUUUAGGUUUGUAGUCACUUAUAUGCAAAGCUGUGUUUCUUCUUUCUCACUAGGUUUUUUUUACCUGCCAUAGACAGAAAAAGAAUACUUUCUUUGUUAGCAGAGGUUUAGUUGAAGGAAACUUGAGUACUCAAGAAAGCCCCUCUGGAAUCAGUGAGGGCUUUUUUUUUAUUACAACUGGAAUGCUAGCAUAAUUGGGUAUGAGGAAAGAGUUGUUUUUAAGCUUUGAUUAUCUUUGCUAUCAGGACACUGAAUUGAAUUGCCUUUGGCUGUAUUUGUUCCUGUAGUUUGCUGUUCUUGAGGCCUUACAGCAUGGAUUCUGACAUGUAUUUUGUUGUACAACUUAAGAGCAGUGAAAAGUAACACUUAUUAAUUCCAUUAUUUAGUAGCUGUAAAUUAAGAGGCUAUAAGCCCCUUGUCAAAUUUACUGCCAAAUGAGACAAAAAUGUGUGAUUGUCAUAAACGUAUCUGGGAAUGAGCACAAAUAUUUGAAACUGUCACAUUGCAAUGCAGUCAGACAAAUUUCCCAUUUUUCUCAUCAGAUUUGGGGUCCCAGAGAAUGUACCAAUCAAGUAGGUGAUGCCUGAUCUUAAACCCUGAGACGACAUUGAUAUUGGUUCCAUCUACCAUCUUAUGUUAUUUUAAGCCAGAGUACAAAUCAGUCCCCUGGCAGUAACAUAUGCUCUACCAAUUUGACGAUUCCAAUUUAUUUAUUAUUUUUUAAUAUGAUAUGUUUGUACAAUGCAUACUUCAUUACAUUCCAAAGUGCAGUAACUGGUUUUAUAGCAUGACCAGACCAACAGUAAGUGAUAUGGUGAUAUUGAAGGUUGUUCUCUUUGAGUGUAUAGUGCAGCUAAUAUGUAGCUUCAGUGAAGAUAGAAGUAGAGGUCAAAUGAGACACAAGUAAAAAUCUGAUGUUUCUCAAUGAGCAGCAUCCUUUAAGAAUCAAAUUUAUGAUGUACGGGGAAGAGUCAGAAAGUAAUGCCAUUGGUCUCAUAGUAGGUUCAUUUUGGUACAAAAUUAGUAGAACUGAAAUACUUUUAAUUUGUUCAUAUUUUCAUGAGAGAUUGAGUUGAUUUCUUCACAGACCAUCAUCAUAACACAUACUCAGGACACAGAUGGCCACUCUGAAUUCAGUUUAGACCUCCACUCUGGCAACGAAAAAUAACAAAACUGAUUGGAUGUGGCUUACACUUACAGAAAAGUACAUUUUCAUACUUGUACAGUUUCAGUAUCCUACAAUAGAUAUAAGUAGGUCAAGGAAAUAACUGUUAACUGCUACAUGAACCUUUCUUGCACUGUUGUUUGGUUCUGACAAACUUAAAUCAUUUCAUACAAAAAUGAAACUAUGACUCUUAUGGUAUUGCUUUCUGACUCAACCUCAUAGCAGACUACUGUAUAAAGCACAGUAUGCCUCACUUUAACAGUAGAUAACAUUUCCUAUCUACUACCCUUUGAUGCUUUCAAAGUCUCCACCUAAGAAAACCAUGCAGAACAUUCCUUGCAUACAUGUAGUAGCAAGGAUUUUCUCCUGGAAAAGGACUCAGUUGGAAAGAUAGUCUUGUUUACAGUUUUGAGCAGACAGUAUGCGUGUGUUGGUUUGUCUUGCAGAUGUGACUUGGUGUUUUGUGAUUUUUGUUGUCUCCCAAAAAUCACUUGUGAGUUGCCUAUGUACAUUAUAGAUAUCUUGAUGCAUAGAUCAUCUGUACAAACCCCUUAACAAUGCCAGGAGAUUUGACAGAUGUAGUUCUUAGUCUUAGUGAGCAGCAAUCAAACUAAAGGUUGUGCAUUUAUGAGUCUGUCUUUGAAGGGAUAUUGAGCUGUGAUGAUUUUGUGAUGGAACUGUCUGUCCAGCAACAUCUAAUAUAUAUAUAUAAUUAUAUAUGUGUGUGUGUGUGUGUACGACAGCGUAAAGCCAACAUUAGCUGCAUUUUAGAUAUCACGAAAUUUGUAUUCUGAAACAAACUUUAUAUACGUAAUUUCUACUCUGGCAUUCGCUGUAGCAAAAUGUUUGUAUGUAUAUAUUAUACAUUUAUUAUAUAUAUAUACCUAUCUAUAUACACAUAUAUCACUACUUGUCUUGCCAUUGCGCCGAAAAAUGUACUUGAUUGUUCACAUGUAUGUUAGCCUGUGAAAGUAUAUAGAUGCCAGAUUGUAUAUUGUACAAUAUAAUAGCGACAUGAUUACCAUUACAAGUAUUCUAAAGUUGGUGUUAAUUGGGGCAUAUUGGAUGUUGACAGAUCUUGAGUCAAAAUGGAGGAACUGUGUUGAUUGAUCAUACAGUAGUAGUAAUGCCUAUUUAUAGAAUUACAGUAAGCCAUGAUAUUGGUGCUCUUCACCUCACAGUGGAGCCUACAUUUAUGAGAAAUUUGAUUCCACUUGUGUGUAGUAUUUACUGAUAAGGUAAUAUCGAAACCUGAUGUACAGAAAGAUGACACUUCUGAUCAAGUUGAGUCAGAAGGACGAUGUACGAUGUUUUGGAAUUAUAUCCUUCUAUAUCCCUCACUUCAUGUACAUUCCAAUUGUAGCAUUGUUGCAAAACUUUUAGAUGUCAAGUGGAGAUGGAAAUACUACAGUAUUAUAACCUUAUGUGCAGCUUUAGCCAUUAUUAUUAAGAAGGAGAAAUGUUGUGAAGCAUUCCCAAAUGUCAAUCCCUUUAAAGUACCCAAUUACAUCAGCAACUUACAAAAGGCAUACAUUUGUAAAGAGUUCACUGUCAUUUUUCUAGUUUGAUCAUCACACAGAUACCAUUCUUUUAUAACCAGCCAGGACAGACAUCUUAGGAAGUCCAUCCCUUUGUCACUUUUCCAUGCUAUUCUAAUAAAAAUGUUCCAGUAGA